AUGUGAAAAUACGGUUAGAAGGGAUUCCGACGGGAUAUCUGUUAUCCGUAAAGUUGAAAUCUUUCGUGGUUGUGGUGUAUAAUGCGUUUGCUGAAUGUAAUAUUUAUAUUACAAGUAGGCUCUUUCAUAGGAGUGUCAUAUUCAUCUUCUAAAUGGAUAUUGGAACUGGGUGAUAAUUUCAUUGAUGUUCGUCGAGACGGAGGAUAUUGGCUAGUAAAGUUCUACACUCCAUGGUGUGGCCAGUGCAAACGUUUGGAACCAAUAUGGGCACAUGUUGUCCAGGCUCUCAAGAACACACAUAUACGCGUGGGAAAAGUUGAUUGCACCACUUUUCCAAAUAUUGCCAAGGCAUUUGACAUUGCAGUUUAUCCAACAAUUAAGUUAAUAAAAAUGGAUGAAGAAUUUGUUUUCAAAGGUGACAAAAAUGUUGAUGAGAUUGUUAACUUUGCAAUACGGCUAUCAGGACCACCUGUACAACAUGUUGCUAGAUCUGAGAGUUUGGCAAAUAUCAAAAAUAUGAAUCAGUUAUUUUUUAUGUAUGUAGGAGAUCAAAAAGGACUGUUAUGGAACACAUUUUAUGAUGUUGCGUCAAAGAUGCAAGCACAUGCUUUUUAUUACGCAGCUAGUGAAGACUUAGCCAGGGAUCAUGUUGAUAUUCAUACACUCCCUGCUGUAUUUGUUCAUAAGGAAAACUCACAUUACUUCUAUACAGUUGGAGAGGGCAACUUCAAAGAUGAAGCUGAGCAUCUGAAUUUUUCAAUGUACAAUUGGAUAAACGAGGAACGUUUUGAAACAUUUCCUAAAAUUACAGAAGGAAAUAUCGAUGAAAUACUCCUAACAAAGAAGUACAUCGUACUGGUAGUUGUGGAAGAAAAUAAACUUUUCCAGAUUCCAAAGGAGAUGCUUGAAUUUCGAAAUACGGUUGAAUCUCUGGUUAGGAGGAAAAGAGAUAAGUACCAUAAACGUUUUCAAUUUGGAUGGACAAGUAACCUGGAACUGGUUAAUAACAUUGCAAUGCAAAUUGUAUCAUUACCGUAUUUGUUGGUAUUGAAUUCAACUACUUUCCAUCAUCAUAUUCCAGAAGACGAUCCCACUGAAAUGACCCCAGAUGCAAUAGACAUGUUUCUUGAAAGGGUCUACAAUCAGACAGCUCCACUAUAUGGAGGGAAUGACUUGGCUGUGAGACUUUAUAGAUCCUAUUUCAAAGCAAGAACAACUUUGGGUGAUAGAUGGCGCGGAAAUCCGGUAUUAACAACUGUUUUAUUGGCAUUGCCUAUGGGAUUUUUAUCAUUCAUUUUGUAUUCCUGUUGUUGUGCAAAUAUAUUGGAUGCAGAGGAAGAUGAUGAAGAAGAAUGUCACGAGAAGAAAGAUUGAAUGAAAUAUAAAUUAUUUGAAUUUCAUUCCAGCUUGGAUUAUUUGAAAAUCUAUUUACUAAACUGCAAAGUACUUCAAGGAAGAUUCAAAUUUGCAGCAGUUUUGAUUUGAUUCAAUGUGACAUCGUUAUGCUAGUUGAGAUUGAUUAAUCACCAAGAUGAUUCUGAAUUCAGAUGUACACAUAAUCAUUACAAUGAUGAGCCAGUAUUGAUGUACCUUUAUUUUGAAUUUGUAUUUGAUGAAUAAAACUGUUUAUUUAUAUUGA